GCCGCUUGUUCGCUUGCCGUGCGCUUUUGAGCUCUUCGCUCUGAUUUCUUUUUAUAAUUUAAGUACCGGACUCCGAGGAGAGCUCGUUUUGAAGUAACCAAUUGGUAGUAAUGUAACGGUGAAGCUCCUUCCGGAAAAACGGGAAACGGGCGGAGAGAGAAGGCGACUUUAAGUUUAAAGCUCGGCUGGAAAUUGUCGAAAACGAAACGGAAAAGCGAAAAAGAAACCGAAAUAGCGGUUAGCGGGCAGCGACGUCGACGCCUACGCCUACGCCGGCAGAGACUGGAAACCGACGUGAGCUUGGAGCAGAGCGUUCCAUUUAAAUCAGAACGGUUACGGGAAUCGAGAAGCGACGGAGCGAUCGUCACCGUUAACAAAAAGUGUCAACCUUCCAUUUUUCACAUCAAAUUCAGCGAGCACCGGUAACGGUAACGGUCCUGCGACGCGAUCGCCGCGAGUGUAUAUUUUUUUUUUAGCUCAGUCUUCAGUGUUUCGCGAUUCUCUUUAAAAGAAAAAAAAAAUAAUAAGUCAAAACUACAAACCACACAGCGAAAGGCGAAAGCCAACGGUUCCUGCGAGUGUUUAUUUUUUUUUUCAACAAUUUUUGAUCGUGGGUAUCCUGAAAGUGAAGCAUAAAAGUUAAGAGGAUCGGAAUGGAACGGAAAGAAUAAUUGCAAAUAAAUGAAAAAGAAGGAAUACCAGAAGGAAUUCAAUUUAAUAUCAGUGCACUUGUAAACAACACACAUUAUCGCCAAGCCACCCAACCUACAAAUCUCUUCCAUCCGUGUGACUGUCAUUAAUUUUUGGUGUGGUUCCCGUGGUCACCUUGCACGGCGUUAUCUGAGUGGGCCACGAAGAGAGGAGCAAGAGCGCGAUCCAUUGCACGCCCGGAAUCGAAACGAUUACAUAUAGUGCACAGGUAGUGCGACAAUCCGUCGAGCAUGUCGCCGAAUCGAUGGAUCCUGCUGCUCAUCUUCUACAUAUCCUACCUGAUGUUCGGGGCGGCAAUCUAUUACCAUAUUGAGCACGGCGAGGAGAAGAUAUCGCGCGCCGAACAGCGCAAGGCGCAAAUUGCAAUCAACGAAUAUCUGCUGGAGGAGCUGGGCGACAAGAAUACGACCACACAGGAUGAGAUUCUUCAACGGAUCUCGGAUUACUGUGACAAACCGGUUACAUUGCCGCCGACAUAUGAUGAUACGCCCUACACGUGGACCUUCUACCAUGCCUUCUUCUUCGCCUUCACCGUUUGCUCCACGGUGGGAUAUGGCAAUAUAUCGCCAACCACCUUCGCCGGACGGAUGAUCAUGAUCGCGUAUUCGGUGAUUGGCAUCCCCGUCAAUGGUAUCCUCUUUGCCGGCCUCGGCGAAUACUUUGGACGUACGUUUGAAGCGAUCUACAGACGCUACAAAAAGUACAAGAUGUCCACGGAUAUGCACUAUGUUCCGCCGCAGCUGGGAUUGAUCACCACGGUGGUGAUUGCCCUGAUUCCGGGAAUAGCUCUCUUCCUGCUGCUGCCCUCGUGGGUGUUCACCUACUUCGAGAACUGGCCCUAUUCCAUCUCGCUGUACUACAGCUAUGUGACCACCACAACAAUUGGAUUCGGUGACUAUGUGCCCACAUUUGGAGCCAACCAGCCCAAGGAGUUCGGCGGCUGGUUCGUGGUCUAUCAGAUCUUUGUGAUCGUGUGGUUCAUCUUCUCGCUGGGAUAUCUUGUGAUGAUCAUGACAUUUAUCACUCGGGGCCUCCAGAGCAAGAAGCUGGCAUACCUGGAGCAGCAGUUGUCCUCCAACCUGAAGGCCACACAGAAUCGCAUCUGGUCUGGCGUCACCAAGGAUGUGGGCUACCUCCGGCGAAUGCUCAACGAGCUGUACAUCCUCAAAGUGAAGCCUGUGUACACCGAUGUAGAUAUCGCCUACACACUGCCACGUUCCAAUUCGUGUCCGGAUCUGAGCAUGUACCGCGUGGAGCCGGCUCCCAUUCCCAGCCGGAAGAGGGCAUUCUCCGUGUGCGCCGACAUGGUUGCCGCCCAAAGGGAGGCGGGCAUGGUACACGCCAAUUCCGAUACGGAGCUAAGCAAACUGGAUCGCGAGAAGACAUUCGAGACGGCGGAGGCGUACCGCCAGACCACCGAUUUGCUGGCCAAGGUGGUCAACGCACUGGCCACGGUGAAGCCACCGCCGGCGGAACAGGAAGAUGCGGCUCUCUAUGGUGGCUAUCAUGGCUUCUCCGACUCCCAGAUCCUGGCCAGCGAAUGGUCGUUCUCGACGGUCAACGAGUUCACAUCACCGCGACGUCCAAGAGCACGUGCCUGCUCCGAUUUCAAUCUGGAGGCACCUCGCUGGCAGAGCGAGAGGCCACUGCGUUCGAGCCACAACGAAUGGACAUGGAGCGGCGACAACCAGCAGAUCCAGGAGGCAUUCAACCAGCGCUACAAGGGACAGCAGCGUGCCAACGGAGCAGCCAACUCGACCAUGGUCCAUCUGGAGCCGGAUGCUUUGGAGGAGCAGCUGAAGAAACAAUCACCGGGUGCCGGUCGCGUCAAGAAGUUCUCCAUGCCGGAUGGUCUGCGACGUCUGUUUCCCUUCCAGAAGAAGCGCCCCUCGCAGGAUCUGGAGCGCAAGUUGUCCGUGGUCUCGGUACCCGAGGGUGUCAUCUCGCAGCAAGCCAGAUCCCCGCUGGACUACUACAGCAACACGGUCACGGCGGCCUCCAGUCAAUCCUAUUUGCGCAACGGACGCGGUCCGCCACCGCCCUUCGAAUCGAAUGGCAGCUUGGCCAGCGGCGGCGGCGGGCUAACGAACAUGGGCUUCCAGAUGGAGGAUGGAGCAACCCCGCCAUCGGCAUUGGGCGGUGGAGCCUAUCAACGCAAGGCGGCUGCUGGCAAGCGCCGACGCGAGAGCAUCUACACCCAGAAUCAAGCCCCAUCCGCUCGCCGGGGCAGCAUGUAUCCGCCGACCGCGCACGCCUUGGCCCAGAUGCAGAUGCGACGCGGCAGCUUGGCAACCAGUGGCUCUGGAUCGGCGGCCAUGGCGGCAGUGGCCGCGCGUCGUGGCAGCCUCUUCCCAGCUACAGCAUCGGCAUCAUCGCUGACCUCUGCUCCGCGCCGUAGCAGCAUAUUCUCGGUUACCUCCGAAAAGGAUAUGAAUGUGCUGGAGCAGACGACCAUUGCGGAUCUGAUUCGUGCGCUCGAGGUAGUGCACACCCAUGCCGUGCUUGAUGAACAGCAACAGGCGGCAGCGGCUGGAGGAGCUGCCGGUGGAGGCGGAAUAUCGAGGGGUAGCCGCAAACAGCGCAAGAUGGGCAAUGCUGGACUGGAGCCACCGCAGCUGCCGCCGAUCCUGUCGCUCUUCGCUGGCGAUCAAACGAGGACACUGCAGGCGGCGGCUGCCAAUCGGCUGUACGCGCGUCGCUCCACUAUUGUUGGCAUAUCGCCCACUGGUGGAGCAGCCACCGCACCGGCAGCCAGAUCCCUGCUGGAACCGCCACCCAGUUACACUGAGAGAGCCGCAAAUCAAAGCCAAAUAACAGCCGGUCCAUCGAAUGCGCCAACUGUUCAGAGCAAAUUCCGUCGUCGCUUUAGCGUGCGACCGACUGCUCUGCAAAUUCCACCGGGACAGGCGCCGCCACCAGGUGCCAGUUUGAUGGAGCAGUCCUCACAGACGGCGCUCCAGCGACGCCUCUCGCUGCGACCCUCGCCACUGGCCCGCGAACUGUCGCCCACGUCGCCGCCCGGAGGAAGUGGAAGCGCCUUGCCAGCGGGGGCCAUCGACGAGUCUGGCGGAACGUCCGCUCAACGGCUGCUGCCCUUGCCCGCCGGAACGAGACCCAGCACCAGCAGCACCCACUCGCCGCUCUCGAGGAUCGUGCAGAUCUCGCAAGCACAGCGCAAGAGCAGCAUGCCCAGUGCAGCGGCCACGGGAUCGAGUGGUGCCCCCGCCGAGAAGUAGUUAGGUUUCCUUGUCCGAAAGAUGUAUUACCUGUAUCGUAUACAUAUGUAUUUCCACGUCCAGCGGAAUUGCUUUGCCAAUUUCACAGCAUGUAUGCCACAAAGUCGAUAAGGCUGCCAAAAGUCCUUAGUUGUUAUGCUAAUGUUAUCCUUAAACCUAUUUACAUACGUAUAUCCAGUUAUCCUAGUUGUAUGUAUUGUUAAAACUAUCUCUCUAUCUCUCUCUCUCUAUUGUUAUCCUGUAUUUAUACCCAUAUACCCUAAUCUAUAUAUCUAUAUAUAUAUUCUUCUAUGUUUAUUGCUAAGAAGGCGCUUAUAUGAACAAAACGAUCCGCAUGUUUUCAAGCAUUCAAUUGGGACCGACAAAGGAUCUCGAAUUGUGUGUAGUUUCAUUUAGCUCUUAGAGGGACUUCAUUCCCCAAAACAUUUCAUAUGCUGUUAUAUAAUAAAGAUAUUCUGCAAU